CAAGUCACAAAUCUUGGUGAAAUUCCCUGAUAUAAAGCAAAAUCGAAAGGACAAGUAGGAGAGAGAGAGGUGGAGAGAGAGGAAGCUUGAUUUCGCAUAAGAAGGAGAGCUAACCUUACCAUACUCUCUCUUUCCUCUCUUCUCUAUCCUUUCCGUUUGCGCUGUCUUAAGAACAGCUACACAUACAGACCCAAGACUCCACCUUCUCAAUCUUCUGCCACCAUGUUUUCGCUGAAUGGAAGCAGUUUUCUGAACAAUUCUCUUUCUGGGGUGUCCAGAAACUUGACACAGUCUACACAGAGAAAGAUAUCAGCCCCACCAAUGGUGGUAGCUUCAGUUACUCCAAAUGGCAAGCCAGGAGAUCGAAACGUCAGUGUUCUGAUGGAGAAUACUUUGAAGGAGAUGAGAGAAAAUGCUCCCUCGUCGUCAUCACCAUCACUGACUGAGAAUGAAUCAAAAUCCACCGUUGGUGGUGGCGUGGAGGACGUGUACGGUGAGGAUAGCGCCACGGAGGAUCACUACAUCACCCCAUGGACUGUCACUGUUGCUAGUGGAUAUCCGUUGUUGCGAGAUCCCCACUACAACAAAGGCCUUGCGUUUACAGAGAAAGAGAGGGAUGCCCACUUUUUACGUGGUCUUCUCCCACCAGUGGUUAUCAGCCAACAACUCCAGGUUAAAAAAAUGAUGCACAACAUGCGCCAGUACCAAGUACCUCUGCAGAGGUACAUGGCUAUGAUGGAUCUUCAGGAGAGAAACGAGAGACUUUUCUACAAGCUUCUCAUCGACAAUGUUGAGGAGCUGCUUCCCGUUGUCUACACUCCGACCGUAGGUGAAGCAUGCCAAAAGUACGGCAGUAUCUUCAGGCAACCCCAGGGUCUCUUCAUCAGUCUGAAAGAGAAGGGAAGAAUUCUUGAGGUAUUGAAAAAUUGGCCUGAGAAGAAAAUUCAGGUUAUUGUGGUCACAGAUGGAGAGCGGAUUUUGGGACUUGGAGAUCUUGGCUGCCAGGGAAUGGGAAUACCUGUAGGAAAGCUUUCAUUAUAUUCAGCUCUUGGUGGCAUCCGUCCUUCUGCCUGCCUGCCGGUGACCAUUGAUGUGGGAACAAAUAACGAGCAGUUGUUAAACGAUGAAUUUUACAUUGGGCUUAGAAGAAGAAGGGCAACAGGGCAGGAGUAUGCCGAACUUCUCCACGAAUUUAUGACUGCAGUUAAACAAAACUAUGGAGAAAAAGUCCUUAUCCAGUUUGAAGAUUUUGCAAAUCACAAUGCUUUUGAUCUCCUUGCCAAGUAUGGAACUACACAUCUUGUCUUCAAUGAUGAUAUUCAGGGUACAGCGUCGGUGGUCCUUGCUGGGCUUAUGGCAUCACUGAAUUUAGUUGGGGGCACCUUGGCUGAUCAUAAAUUCUUGUUCCUUGGAGCUGGAGAGGCUGGCACUGGUAUUGCUGAACUCAUAGCUCUCGAGAUCUCGAAACAGACUAAUGUCCCGUUGGAAGAGGCCCGCAAGAAGAUUUGGCUCGUCGACUCUAAGGGUUUGAUCGUUAGGUCUCGUAUGGAGUCACUCCAACAUUUCAAGAGGCCCUGGGCCCAUGAACACGAACCAGUCCGCACCUUGUUAGAUGCCGUCAAGGCCAUUAAACCGACAGUGCUGAUAGGAUCUUCGGGAGCAGGAAGAACCUUCACAAAAGAAGUCGUUCAGGCGAUGACAUACUUCAACAAGAAACCCGUUAUUCUUGCUCUGUCCAACCCAACCUCACAGUCGGAAUGUACGGCUGAAGAAGCUUAUACAUGGAGUGAGGGUCGAGCCAUUUUCGCUAGUGGGAGUCCAUUCAGUCCGGUUGAAUAUAACGGCACAUUUUACGCAUCUGGCCAGGCAAAUAAUGCAUACAUCUUUCCUGGGCUUGGUCUUGGUUUGAUAAUCUCCGGUGCCAUCCGCGUCCAUGACGACAUGCUUCUAGCAGCUUCGGAAGCAUUAGCGGCACAGGUUAGCCAAGAGAACUUAGACAAAGGACUCAUAUAUCCACCGUUUGCAAACAUCAGAAAGAUUUCGGCACAGAUCGCAGCAAAAGUGGCAGCUAAAGCAUAUGAACUUGGUUUGGCUACUCGUCUACCGCAACCAGAAAACCUAGUAGCGCAUGCUGAGAGCUGCAUGUACAGCCCCAACUACCGUAAUUACCGUUGAACCUGCUGCAUGUACAGCCCCAGAUACCAGUGAACGAAAAUCUACAAAUUAUCUAUAGACCGGUUGCCAUUUUUCAUCAUCUUUUCAUCGUUUCUACUCCAUCUCCUUUCUCUAUGUCUUCCGAAUGCCUUUUUGGUACUGCCCUUGAGUAGUAUUGCCUUAAGUUGAUGUAGUCACAUACAGACACUAGGAUAGGUGUGUGAUUGUACCAUGUAAAAAUAUCUAGAGUUGUUCUGCACUGGUAUGUAUCUUCUAUAUUCAUAAACCAAAUUCUCUCAAUACAAAAACGAUGACAUGGAACAUGAUGUUGGAACGAAACGGAG